CACGCCCAGUAAAGGCCACAACAUGGAGCCCGUCUAUCCAGCCGCACCCUUGGAGGCGCCCAAGGGAUCCGAAGCCGCAGUGCAGCAGGCGGCCGCGGAGCACCAGCAGCUCCUGCCUCCGGCGCCACCGAGCUACGACCAGGCCACCUCCAUUCCGGCAGAGACCUCGGGACCGGCUCCCGACAGACCAUCGUCGGCGGUGCCCACCACCACCACCCAGCACACGGUCGUGGUGGUGCCCACUUCGCCCUACGGCCCGGAACCCAUGGAUGUGCAGUGCCCGCAUUGCCACAACUACGCCCGCACUCGGGUCUCGUACCGCCCCAACUCGCGCACCCAUCUGAUAGCCCUGAUACUGUGUCUGUUCCAGUUGUACUGCUGUGUGUGCCUGCCGUAUUGCAUUUCCAGCUGCAUGAACACGAAUCACUACUGUGGCAUGUGCGAUCGUUACUUGGGCACCUACGAUCGCAAAUGAGCUACUCAGGAGUUUUCGUCUGGCCACAUCGCUACGUGUACACAUAUUCUUCAAGUAACUAGUUAAUAAAUGGUCUGAGGCAAGCAAACUGAACCAAAACAAUGUAUUUCGUACUUGAAAGUGGCGCUUGAAGAGCUUAAACUAUGCUUAGAACCUAAGUGUAUUAACAAGGUAUGCUGUUAAUUUGUAAUAAAUAUAAUCCAGAUAUGUAUAUGGACAAAAUACAAUAAACCCAUUAAAAAGAACAAAAAUAAAAACAGGUUCUUAAUAUUCUAA